UUAAGCCAGUGGAGAAAAGUUUUUAGACCCCCUCCCUGUAUGUUUUUGUUGGGGGAAAAGUUGUUGCUAGUUAGGUGUUGUGUGUGAAUGUAGCGUGUGCGUCGUUUUUUUGUGACUUCUCCACCAGUGAACGGGAGGGAAUGCGAGUUUUUGAGUGCGAGUGCGAGCUUUUGAGCGUGGUUUUCAGCGCUUUAACUGCGCGUCCUCCUCUGGCUCGGACUGAAAAAUCUCAGUGGCCAUCAUCGUUUCACCUCUGCCGUCUCAUUAGCCACACAGCUAGCUCCGCCGCUAGCUAACCUCCUAACAAAGUUAACGCUACCUCGCCUCUUCGGUGUGUGUUUCUUGUGGUGACUUUCCCGUUUGGAGGGGCGGAAAAAAGCCACCGCAGAGAUGGCGGAAACCAAAAUAAUUUAUCACAUCGACGAAGAGGAGACGCCGUAUUUGGUGAAGAUACCCAUUGCUGCCGAAAAUAUCACUUUGCUGGAUUUUAAACAGGUCCUGAACAAGCCAAACUACAAAUUCUUCUUCAAGUCUAUGGACCAGGACUUCGGGGUGGUGAAAGAAGAGAUUUCUGAUGACAGUGCCAAGCUGCCGUGUUUCAACGGCAGGGUGGUGUCAUGGCUGGUAUCCUCAGACACUCCAACGGCAGAGCCUCCAGUGGCAGUGGUUCCACCUGUGGAAACGACUACCCAGCCUUCGCCCCCUCCACCGCCCCUGCCACCUCCACCUGCAGAGAGGACAGGGGGCAUUGGGGACUCCAGGCCGCCCUCCUUCCAUCCCAAUGCUACAGGCAGCGUGGAGACUUUGGACGACCAGACUGAGACAGAGUCUGUAGUUUCAUUUAGGAGAGAGAGACCUCGCCACAGAGAGGGCAUGGAGCAACACGGUCCUCGGAUGAAUGGCCAGAGUCGUCUGGAGCGCCACCUGGCAGGAUAUGAGAGCUCCAGCACAGUGAUGAGCAGCGAACUAGAAACGACCAGCUUCUGCGACUCUGAGGAUGACGACACCAUGAGCAGGUUCAGCAGUGCAACUGAGCAGAGCACAGCCUCCAGGCUUCUGAAGAGGCACCGUCGACGCCGGAAACAGCGCCCUCCACGUCUGGAGAGGGCUUCCUCCUUCAGCAGCGUGACUGACUCCACAAUGUCCUUGAACAUCAUCACCGUCACUCUCAAUAUGGAGAAGUACAACUUCCUGGGCAUCAGUAUUGUCGGGCAAAGCAAUGAAAGGGGCGAUGGAGGCAUCUACAUUGGCUCCAUCAUGAAGGGAGGAGCGGUGGCUGCAGAUGGACGAAUCGAGCCUGGUGACAUGCUGCUGCAGGUGAAUGAUAUCAACUUUGAAAACAUGAGUAACGACGACGCAGUGCGGGUCCUGAGGGAGAUCGUACACAAGCCUGGGCCCAUCAUCCUCACAGUGGCUAAGUGUUGGGACCCGUCUCCUCAGGGUUACUUCACUCUGCCUCGCAGUGCAGAUGAACCGAUCCGACCUAUCGACCCUGCAGCGUGGGUCAGCCACUCUGUGGCUAUGACCGGGGCUUACCCUCCCUACGCAGGCACCAUCACCUCCUCCUCCUCUGUCACUGAGACAGAACGCUUUGAUGACUUCAACUUGUCACUACACUCUGAUAUGGCAUCAGUUGCUAAGGCCAUGGCCUCACCGGAGUCUGGCCUGGAGGUCAGGGACCGCAUGUGGCUUAAAAUCACCAUCCCCAAUGCUUUCCUUGGUUCGGACGUAGUGGAAUGGCUGUUCCAUCACAUUGAGGGAUUCCAGGACCGCCGUGAAGCCAGGAAGUAUGCCAGCAACCUAUUAAAGGCCGGCUUUAUUCGACACACCGUCAACAAGAUCACCUUCUCUGAACAGUGCUACUACGUAUUUGGAGACCUGAGCGACUGUGAGAACUAUAUGGCCAAUCUGUCCCUGAACGAUAAUGACGGCUCCAGUGGGGCCUCGGAUCAGGACACUUUAGCCCCCCUGCCACUCCCCGGUGCCACCCCCUGGCCCAUGAUGCACACCUUCCCUUAUCAGCCCUACCCCACACACCCCUACUCCAGCCAGCCGCCUCCAUAUCAUGAGCUCUCCAGCUAUAGCUACGCCCCGGGCAGCACUGGGAGUCAGCACAGUGAAGGGAGCCGAAGCAGUGGAUCAACAAGGAGCGAGGGUGAGCGACGUCGCAGUAGUAAAGGUCCCGGCAGCACAGUGGGCGGAGGAGAGAAAUCCCCCUCUGGUGCUGGUGGGGAAGGUGGUGGGGGCGACUCGCGCUCCGGCAGCGGGAGCGAAUCAGAAUACUCCACUCGCAGCAGCCUGCGGCGCGGCCACGGCUCUGCUGCGCCCAGUGAGCACAGCCACGCCUCUUCCCAGCGCUCGCAUCAUCACCGCAUGCCCCAGCCGCCACACAUGUCCCCAUACCCCCCAGGUAUCCUGCCUUACAACCCCAUGAUGGUGAUGAUGGUUCCCCAGCACCCACACCCGGCCAUGGCUCACACUCUUUCUCACACGCAGCAGCUGCCCACAGCACCCAUGCACCCGGCCUUACCUCCACUCCCCUCCUCCACUCCAGGGGGUCCUCCCGGUGCCCCACCCACCCGUGACCUCGGUUCAGUCCCACCAGAGCUGACUGCAUCACGCCAGUCAUUCCAUCUGGCCAUGGGCAACCCCAGCGAAUUCUUUGUGGAUGUCAUGUAGUUUUUCAAUCUUGCUGUUGAGUGACAGUUCAUGUGAAGUUAGUGUACGGUUCCCGCUUGUUUUGACAAGGAUCUGGAGGUAGCUUGUUUAGCUCACAAGCACCUAUUAGACUGGGGGCACUUGUUACAAAUUUGGUGUAAACAGGGUUAACAUUGACAAAGAAAAUAUGACAAAAUUUAAAACAUGAUUAAUGUUCAAUGUGUCGUUAAAGAUAACACUCCUAAAUCCACAAAGACCAGUUCUGCUCUUUGUUUUUAAACCUCUGCAGUACGCUUUUUCUCAAAAAAGCGAACUUACUUUAAAGUCUUUUAGUGCCUCUCAGAGCUGCUUAGCACUGUGUUUUUUUUUAUUGCCAAAACAGAAAUGCAGUAAAUUGUUGGAGGGGAAACACCUUCCCAAUUCCACCAUUCAAGUCAGAGCUGCCCAUCCAGAAAUCGCACAGACCACAGUUAAACACUAGAGGGUGCCCAGUGCACUGUGUACUUGAAAAGGAUAUGAUCCUGUACAUAAAUCUGCAUCAUGAUGCCAGAUUGGGUUGGUGGCACAAGAGUAUAUCAAGUGCCUUUUACUCUUUGCAUUUUUAGAGACAUUUUUACACUCAGAGUACGUAAAAUAACUCCUGCUCCCAGCAUUGUUUGACAAUGAACUUUUCUGUAUAUAUCUACUACUCCAAUGUACAUGCAAUAAUACAGAACAGUGAGCUCUAAUGUGAAAAGAAAAUAGGUCCAAAUAUGUCAGGUGAACUUGUGUUUAGUAAUCACUGUCUAGGCCUAGUCUUCAAAUAAAUGUAUUGUGAGGAGUACUAUGGUUUUUGGUGUGGGACUAGAGGCAUAAUGGUACUAGUGGAUUAAAACAAGAUACUGUAAGCGGUACUUUUUGAUUACAUACAUCGUGUAUCUUAAGGAACUGUGAUCCAUAAGCCCCAGCUCCCCAUACUCAUUUUUAUGUUACUGACUCGCAUUAUUCACCUAUUUCAUUUUUGUAUGAGUGACUAUAUCAAUCAUGUGUAACCCAACUAUUAAGGUGCUAAAUGAAGAGUCAACAUUAAAAAAAUGACAUUUUGACAGUGUCACAUUGUUUGAUUUCAUAUUGCCACCUUUUGUUUGUUUAUUUGAGAAUAAAUUUGAUACUUGCA